GGAAGGUUCAAUAGGCCUGGAUGGACUCUUCCUCCCCUGCCUGCAUGGGAUCUACUUGUCCAUGCUCAUAUUAACAGGCAUUAUGCUUCGUGUCUUACAGGUCGUGUCUGCGCAUGGAGGUUCCGUGACUUGGUCUAUAUCAGGGACUCUUGUGUUAUACCGUCUUCCAUCCGAUCUGGCGAUCACAGUUCUAGUUAUGUCCCCCUGUCGCCGGCUUUUCAUCAGGGUCACGUUCAUUUUGCGAGUCAGUUUGCAUUCGUUGAUACGUACAUGCAUUGAGAAUCUGUUAGCCAAUAGAAUUCUGCAGUAAAUACUAUUAUAAUGCUCAC